AUGAUGGUCGAAGACGAGUUCUACGCCAUGGCGCAGACCUUCACCAAGCACCUCCACUAUGCGGAAUACGUCAAACGCAAGAAGGAGGCAAAACUCCAAAACGCAGCUGCAAUUAAAGACCUUGCCAGACCUACUGAUGGUGUCACGCCGAGAAGCGAAGAGACGAAGAGGAAGGAGGCGGCCGCCACCCUCUCAGCCCGUCAAAGGGCAGGCUUGGAGAAAAUGGGCGGUACGCGGCCGCAGCUGGACUCUGAUAAGGAGGAAGACGAUACAGAUGAAGACGACGGGCUUGCUGGUACCUCGCUAGGGUAUCUUAUGACGAGCCCACGGAAGGCUCGCUCACUAGUGGGUAUGCAAGGUGUUAAAUCGUCCACUAGGGCGGCUGCUGGGUUCGCACAGGCGUCUGGGUCGAAAAGGCGGAAGACGAAUCCUGAUGCGCAUACCCAUUCUUCGCUGAAGGCUGAAAUUGAAGCAGACGAUCAUGUGGCGGAUGCAACUGCUACGGAGGAUGACGACUUGGACGUACAGGUCACCAAGACUUCCACAAGACCGACAGAAAAGAAACAUUCUAUUGGAUCAGAUGCCAACUCACCGGCCUUAAGGACCAGUUCUUCUACCCCUCAGUAUACUGCCAAUAAUGAUAAAGGAAAAAGACCCGUCCGCGUUAUUCACAGGACUCCACCGUUGGGUAGAUCGAGAAGAAAAGUAUUCGUCGAUGACUUUGACGAGCUACCAGAGCCGUCAAACCCAAACCCUUCGGCACAUGGCCGGCUCAUAUCUCACACAACUAAUAAUACAAAUGAUCCGAACGAAAGUGGUGUAAAUUCGAAAAAAUCCCGUCUCAAUGAAGUUCCAACAUUUUUGUUUUGA